CAGGUUGAGGGGCUCCAGGGUAAAGGUUUGAUAUGGAGGAAAGUGGCUUUUCAUUUUCCUCCUUUGUUUGUAAGGUCUGUUUUGGGAUCUGGAGCCUGGAGAUUUCAAAGAGAUCUGGGAGGGAUGAAAUCUCCAAUCCUGGGACCAGGUUUUGGGAUAGGCCAGGAGACUGAUUGCACAGGUGUGUGCAGGCCUUUAGAGAGAGUCAGGACCAGGGUUCUGGGCUCCACCCCGGCAGCUAAGAGUUUGAUAUGGAGGAAAGUGGCUUUUCAUUUUCCUCCUUUGUUUGUAAGGUCUGUUUUGGGAUCUGGAGCCUGGAGAUUUCAAAGAGAUCUGGGAGGGAUGAAAACUCCAAUCCUGGGACCAGGUUUUGGGAUAGGCCAGGAGACU